UCUAGAAUAACCUAGUAAUAAACAUUCUCAAUAAUAAUACAAAAAAAUGUAUAUUAGGAAUCUGUGGGUGUCAUAUUUCAGACCCACACAGGAGUUAAUUGAGGAUAAGAUGCUGAGUCACUGAACGCUGCUCUGUUGCAGUGUGUUCCUCCUCCAUCUCUCGUACUCUUCCUCUCAGCUAGUUUCUGCUGCUGUUGUAGCUGUCUCACUGCACCACCAGCCUCCCCCCACUUUGAAUGCCGCAUUGCUGUAUCAAAGUGGGGUGAGUUCAUUACGCACACAGACUUGGACUGUGCUGCCACCUUUGAGGAGCAGAGUGUCUGUUUGCUGAGGGGAGAACAGAACAGGGUCCGCCUGUCAGCUGCAGCUGUAGACAGAAGAAAGCUCCAUCCAUUCCCAUCCCGUCUUCCUGCCCUGUGCCUCAUGGGGAAAGAGAAGAUCCACAUCAACAUUGUGGUCAUCGGCCAUGUUGAUUCUGGGAAAUCCACCACCACUGGCCAUCUCAUCUAUAAAUGUGGAGGAAUUGAUAAAAGAACCAUUGAGAAGUUUGAAAAAGAGGCUGCUGAGAUGGGAAAAGGUUCCUUUAAGUACGCCUGGGUUCUGGACAAGCUGAAGGCCGAGAGGGAGAGAGGAAUUACCAUAGACAUCUCUCUCUGGAAGUUUGAGACCACCAAGUACUACAUAACUAUAAUAGAUGCUCCAGGACACAGAGAUUUCAUCAAGAACAUGAUCACUGGAACGUCUCAGGCGGAUUGUGCUGUUCUAAUUGUGGCAGCUGGAGUGGGUGAAUUUGAGGCGGGCAUCUCUAAAAAUGGCCAAACAAGGGAACAUGCCCUGCUGGCCUACACGCUGGGUGUCAAGCAACUGAUUGUAGCCGUCAACAAGAUGGACUCCACGGAGCCGUCCUACAGCGAGAAACGUUAUGAUGAGAUUGUUAAAGAAGUGAGCGCCUACAUCAAAAAGAUCGGUUAUAGCCCCGCCUCGGUGCCCUUCGUCCCAAUUUCAGGUUGGCAUGGCGACAACAUGCUAGAACCGUCUUCUAAUAUGCCGUGGUUUAAAGGCUGGAAGCUGGACAGGAAGGAGCAGCAUGCCAGUGGCGUGACUCUCCUGGAAGCUCUCGAUACCAUCAUGCCUCCAACACGCCCCACUAACAAACCCUUACGUCUGCCCCUACAAGAUGUCUACAAGAUUGGAGGUAUAGGGACCGUGCCGGUGGGCAGGGUGGAGACAGGUAUCCUGCGGCCCAGUAUGGUGGUGACCUUUGCCCCAGUCAACAUCACUACAGAGGUGAAGUCAGUGGAGAUGCAUCACGAGACUCUGAGUGAAGCUAUGCCAGGAGAUAACGUGGGCUUUAAUGUGAAGAAUGUGUCUGUAAAAGACAUAAGAAGAGGUAAUGUGUGUGGGGACAGUAAGUCAGACCCGCCUCAGGAAGCAGCAGGGUUUACAGCACAGGUCAUCAUUUUGAAUCACCCAGGACAGAUCAGUGCAGGUUACUCUCCUGUCAUUGACUGCCACACAGCUCACAUUGCCUGUAAAUUUGCUGAGCUUAAGGAGAAGAUUGAUCGCCGUUCAGGCAAGAAGCUGGAAGACAACCCCAAAAGUCUGAAGUCAGGAGAUGCUGCCAUUGUGGACAUGAUCCCAGGAAAACCAAUGUGCGUGGAGAGCUUCUCUCAGUACCCUCCACUGGGACGGUUUGCUGUCAGAGAUAUGAGACAGACUGUUGCAGUCGGUGUCAUCAAAAGUGUGGACAAGAAGAUUGGCGGCAGCGGGAAAGUGACUAAAUCUGCCCAGAAAGCUCAAAAAUCUGCCAAAUGAAUCUGAAUCUCCAAGUUACCUUAUCACCUCAGGCCCCGCCCCAGCUUACAUGCCCCUCUCAUCUGGGCAUGCUCAGUCUGUUACCCCUGUGUGCUUGAAAUAUACGCUCAAACUGAAUGGAGCCUGAUGGACUGAAGGAAAUAAUGAAAGACUGACAUCAUGGUUGCACUGUAUAUUCACUUUUAAUAGAAGAACAGCACACAUGUUGCAUGGAUGUCUGUCUUGAUAUGCACGGCAUCUAUUAAAUGAAUGUAGCUGGUAUUGCUGAGUAAUGUGUGUGUGUGUGUGUGUGUGUGUGUGUGUGUGUGUGUGUGUGUGUGUGGCGUGCAGUCGAAAGCAGAAGAAAUCGAAGUGGAAAACUGCACUUUGACCAGUAUGAUAAUGAUUAAGAUGUCCAGAUGAAAUAAACUGCUAAAGUUUUGUAUACUUUAUAACUGAGCAUCGAUGAAAGGCUAAUUGAUCCAAAGCACCACUUGUCUCCUUUCAGACCCUUGCAGCUGAAACCUGUGACAAAUAAAUAAAAUGUUGCUAAAGUACACAAGUUUUUAAAUUAAAUGUGU